AUGCACCAUGACAAGCUUAAGAGGUGUGAGGCCAGGCAACUUCCCAAGUGGUUAGUCACUUAUCAGAGUAAGUUUCCCGGACAGUUAGUAGGCCGAGAUGGGGAUAGUUCCCGUGUGCAUGAUGUGGUUAGACCGCUGGGGACCGCGGACUCAGGGUCAAGUUCUGGGGACCCGGGGAGUAGGGUUAAAUCUAAAGUCAGCCCUAAACCAGCAGAAACAGUAGGCCCAUAUUUGGGUACCCGGAAACGGGUAAGGGAAAGGUCAGAACAACCGGAAAAACCCAAAUCGCCAAAACGACCUAGAGCCACUAAGGGGGCUAAGACCCGACAGUAUUGUUUAUGCUUACAAUCUAAUCCUAAGGGGUUAAUGGUCCAGUGCGACAGCUGCCGGGACUGGUUUCAUCCUGGGUGUGUGGGUAUAAGUGAUGAUUACGCUAAGACAGAUCUUUAA